GAAACAUCAACAUGAUCGCUGAUAAUACAAAGGGAAAUGAGGAACCGAAGUUCGUCAUCGAGAAUAAUGUGCUCAAGGGUAAAGUGGAAGGACAGGAACUGCACUACACCAGCGGCGGGCCGUUGUUGUUCGAAGUGUUGAAGAAGACACCGAAUUUUGUUGGGCAGGUGGACGUUGUCACAGGACAGGAGGAUACUUUCGGGAACAUGCUGGACCGGGCGAUAAAAUGCGCUCUGUGGAUGAAAAAACAAGGUGCGACGAAGGGCGACAUCAUUGCACUUUCUACGCACAAUCACCUUGACUCUUUCAUACCGUACAUCGCCGGACUCUUCAUUGGCGCUACGAUCAACCCGUGGAACCACGAAAUGAACACAAGUCUGGCACGUCAUUUUAUGGGAUUAACCAGGCCGAAGAUCAUCUUCGCCAACGAAGAAUCAGCUGGAAUUAUAAUGGAGGCGGCGAAGAUCGAGCUUUUCCAUCCGAAGGUCGUUGUUUUCGGUAAUUAUCUCGGCACUAUACCGUUCUCCGCGGUGUUACAAGGUCACAGCGAGUCCGAGGUGGCGAACUUCGAAUGCACGAAUAUCGCGAACAUCAAGGAAACCUCGACGAUACUCUUCUCCUCGGGGACCACUGGAUUGCCCAAAGGCGUGCAGCUGUCACACGAAGUGAUCGUCUCGUGCUUGGAGAACCUAGAGAGCUUUCGGUUCAAGUCCGUGAUACCGUUGUGGUUCAGUAGUUUGUACUGGAUCAGCGGUACCAUGCUUAGCCUCAAAAGCAUUUCUGGCCAAACGAAGAGAAUCAUCGCUCCCCAAUUUGACCCGCAAACCGUGUGCGAGGUCGUCGAGAAAUAUAAGGUCACGUGGCUUAUGUUGUCCACAAGUAUGGCAAAUCGAUUUGUUAGAUACAACGGUUUGCACAAUUACGACCUCUCGAGCUUAAGUCUCCUCUUAGUAGGGGGCGCCACGUUGAAACAAGAGUCCCAAGAUGCGUUGAACGAACACUUGCCACAUACGACGGUCUUGCAAGCUUACGGUAUGACGGAACUUGGUGGACUGGUUGCAGCUCAGACACUGGACUCUACCAGCGGCUCUUGCGGCGUGGUGAUUCCGAACAGUGAAAUUAAAAUCAUUGACCCAGACACAGGAAAAAUUCUAGGCGCCAAUCAGAACGGCGAGCUAUGCGCAAAGACACCAACCGUUAUGAAUGGAUAUUACAAGAAUCCCGAGGCUACUAGGGAAAUUCUGGACGCAGACGGUUGGCUGCAUUCGGGCGACCUUGCUUACUAUAACGAGAAAGGGGAGGUGUUCAUUAUCGAUAGACUAAAAGAAAUUAUUAAAUAUAGGGGACACCAAAUAACACCGACUGAAAUAGAGAAUCUGUUGCAAGCGCACCCAGCUGUUUUAGAAGUCGCAGUUGUUAGCAUUCCACAUCCGACAGACGACGAGCAUCCUAUCGCCUUCGUCAGUAAAGUGCCUCACAAAGAGGUGUCAGCGGAAGAAUUGAUACUGAGGGUAGAAAACAAUUUACUGGAUGUUUAUAAAUUACGUGGCGGGGUGAAGUUUCUGCCGAAACUACCUCACACGCAUUCUGGAAAAAUAUCGAGGAAAGAUUUGAAGGCGAUGGCAAAUUCGAUGGCGGUUAAGUAGGUUAUUAUAAUAAUAUUCGUCUAUCGAGGAAAACUUGGGAUUAAAUG